CACACCGCAACAAAGAGUAGCCCCCGCUUGCUGCAACUAGAGAAAAGCCCGCGUGCAGCAACGAAGACCCAACACAAACAAAAAUAAAUAAAAACAAAAACAUUAGGUGUGUACUCAGUCUCUAUUAGGUACUGGCAGUACUUCUAGGUACCCAACCUUUAGAUGUCCUGAUUAUCAUUUCAAACUCAGUGUGUCCGAAACUUAACUCUUUGCCUUCUACCUCAUAUUCAUUCCUCUUCCUGCAUCCCUGUGUGCAAGUGAGUAUACCAAGAAUACAGCUCUGGAUCAUCAAGUCCCUACUAUGUGCCAUUAUUUUUUUCUUUUCUUUCUUUAUUUUUGGCUACGUUGGGUCUUUGUUGCUGUGCGCGGGCUUUCUCUAGUUGCGGCGAGCGGGGGCUGCUCUUUGUUGUGGUGUGCGGGCUUCUCGUUGCGGUGGCUUCUCUUGUUGAGGAGCACGGGCUGCAGGUGUGCCGGCUUCAGUAGUUGUAGCAUGUGGGCUCAGUAGUUGUGGCUUGUGGGCUCUAGAGCACAGGCUCAGUAGUUGUGGCGCAUGGGCUUAGUUGCUUCUUGGCAUGUGGGAUCUUCCCGGACCAGGGCUCAAACCCCUGCUCCCUGCAGUGGCAGGCGGAUUCUUAACCACUGUGCCACCAGGGAAGCCCGAUGUGCCAUUAUUUUUUGAACAACCAAAAUUCCUUAAUCCUUUUCAGACAUUUCCAAAGUGUGGUUCCAGUGCAUCACUCUUGAUUUAUCUCCUGACACUGUCACUCACACACUGUCUGUCUCAGUCAGGAAAACCUCUUAUGAAUCCCCAUAUUGGUUCCAUGUUUCCCCAGUUUCCUUAAAAAUUUUCCUUUUCUGCUUUUAUACUUCUUUAUUACUUAUCUUUCAAGACCUAGUUUUAUACGGUAAUUCUGGAGCCUUCUGGCUACUUCACUUCAAGGAGUGAGGGUUCUUUGAAUUCACAUGGCAUUUUAAUUUUAUCUCUUCUACUGACAGAAUUACUAGUUUACAUGUCUUUUCCUCACCCCUUGCUCUUUACCUAAUGUGCAUCGUGCACUCUGAAUUUAUUGAAUGAAGUAACUUGUGCUAUUGUAGCCUAAAGUCAGAGCAAAGAACUAGAGUGAAGGGUAGGAUUUGGAUAGCAGAGAGGUGCAGAUGGAAAUGAGUGGGUAAUGGAGUUAUGUGCACCAGGCACAGAUUGCUGAUUUUUAAAGAACCGGGAUGUAAAUAAUUAUUAAAAAAAGAAUUUAAAAUUUAUUUGAUUACUAGAAUGGUACUUUACAGUCUUGUAGUGCUUUUCAAGACCCAUUAUGAAGGGACUUCCCUGAUGGUGCAGUGGUUGAGCAUCCGCCUGUCAAUUCAGGGGACAUGCGUUCGAUCCCUAGUCCGGGAAGAUCCCACAUGCCACAGAGCAACUAAGCCCGUGCGCUACAACUACUGAAACCCACGCGCCUAGAGCCCGUGAUCUGCAACAAGAGUAGCCACCGCAAUGAGAAGCCCGGGCACCACAACGAGGAGUAGUCCCCACUCGCCACAACUAAAGAAAGCCCGCACAUAGCAACAAAGACCCAAUGCAGCAAAAAAUAAAUAAAAUUAAAAAAAGAAAAGACCCAUUCCGAAAAUUAUUGUCAACACGAAAAGAGAGCCGUUUGGUUCAUUUUAGUUUUCUGCUUGUUGGCUUGUUGGGAUUCUGCUUUUUGGGCUUUCCAAGCAUUUUUUCCCCCUGCCUCAUGGUUGUAGUAUUCCCUGAAGUAAACAAGAUCCCCUUUGAAAGGGAUCUUGAUUUAGUGGGAAGAGCACUGUAUUUGGAUGAGGAGACAAGCUCAAGUACCAAGAUCAGGCCUGCCAAAUUCACAGGAUUGUUUUGAAGAUCAAAUGAGGUAAAAUCUUGUGAAGGUGCUUUAAGAACCCUAACACUAUACAAAUGUGAGGAAUGGUUAUUAAUCCCUGAUGUUUACAGAGCUAGAGGGUGUAGGCCUUGGAAGAACCCUUAGUGAGCAUCUAGUCUAUGGGAAAGGCAGUGUGGUAUAGUGGAAAGAACAGUUUUUGAUAUUACACUGACUCAGGUUAGAAAUCUAGCCAGGCAUUUUGCUACCUUUUGCCUUGAGCAAGAUAUUUGAGCCUCUGUUUUUAUCUAACGUAUGGGGAUCAUAGCAUCUACCACCCAGGGUUGUUGUGAGGAUUAAAUAAAAUAAUGUAUAUAAACUGUAUAGUACAUAGUAGGUGCUUAAUAAAUAUCAAAGUCCCUUCCCUUGAUGAGCAGUGUUGGUGUUCCCCUCUCAGAUUGGGGGUCCCUUCCUCUUCUCUUAAGCAUAACUUCUUGCAUCGAUAUUCUGGAGAUUGAUCCCUUCUGGAAGAGCAGGAAUAAGAAAGGAACACUUGUGUACUCUUGGUUUUUGUUGGUCUAAUUGGUUGGACCUUCUUGCCCAGGGUGCCCAAACAGUAGGCACAGUUGCCGCAACAGACCUUGGGAAUCUGGCAUUACAGGAAGAGCCUGGAGACGCUGCUGCAUUCAGCGUCCAUGCACGGGUAAGGCUUUGUCAGGAAGAAUGGCUGCCCAAGGACCCCACAGUGUACUGUCUACCUGAGCACGCGUAGGGGCCUGCCAAGACCUCCUGAGCGCCUGGCUUGCUCCCCACGUAAAGGUUACUGGAGAGUGAAGUCUGGAUCAGCUCAUUCAGACACAAACCACAGGUGAGAUAGGCCUUGGCCACCUUCCAAAAGGACAGGACUUCUGUGCUGCAGGCCUACCACACACCUCUGUUGCCUUUACUCCAGUUGGCCCCCUCCUGUUCCAGCCACAGAAGUACUCCCCCCUUGUUGACACUUGCCAAACAAUCCCUACUCUCCUAGAAAUCUGAUCACUGAUGACUCACUCCCGUAAGACCUACUAUCCUUUUUUCUUUCCAACUAUUACAAUUUCUCCCCCCCAUGUUGUUAAUCCUACCAACUCAUCACAUUGUUCCGUCUAGUACUACUUUUUUUUUUAAAGCCCUUCAUGACAUCUGUUUUUUUCAAAAAAUAUUUAUUUAUUUGGUUGCACAGGGUCUUAGUUGCAGCAGGCGGGCUCCUUAGUUGUGGCAUGAGAACUCUUAGUUAUGGCAUGCAUGUGGGGAUCUAGCUCCCUGACCAGGGAUUGAACCCACGCCCCCUGCAUUGGGAGCACAGUCUUAUCCACUGCACCACCAGGGAAGUCCCCUCAUUCUAGUACUUCUGUGGACUACAGGGCCCAGAAACCACAGAUCUCCCCAAGCAGUGUGUUCUGACAGAAAGAGCUAGAAAGACACAGGGGUGAGUCUCAGCUCUCCAUUUUCUGUUUGGACAAGUUACUUAAUCUUCCCAGUGUUUCCAAGUCUGUAAGAUGUUUAGUAAGACUGACCUCAAGGGUUGUAGUACCAAUAAUAUGAGAUAAUGUGGGCAAAGCACACAGCCCAGAGCCUGAUAAUAGGAGUUCAGCAAAUUGUGAUCUGACCCCCUCCCCCUUCCCCAGGGUGUGCUGGAAUUUACCCACUGUGCUUUUUAUUUUAAAUCCUUUUUGGAACAGGCUCCACAACAAACUAGCAAAACAAUAAAAUACAGACCUCCUUUUCUCUCUCCUUUCCCCCUUUCUUCUUUCUUCCUCUGCCUUUUCUAUGUGGUCCUUUUCUUCCCUUUCUGUUCUUUAUUUCUCGUGUGUAUGUGUCUGUUAUUUGUUUUCUGCUUCUCCUACCAUACCUUAGCCAGGGUCAGGGAGCAGUUAACCAAGUAUUUUCACUGUGAGAAUCAAAUCAGAAGAUAAAAGGAGUCAAAAGAGAAAAGUAUUCUAGAAUGGAGCCAAGUUUCUCACUUCACGCCCCCAGCAUUAGAAAACACAUUAGCGGUAUAGAUCUAAACCAUUGUGGGCUAGGUGAAAUUUAGGGGGAAGACUCCCUAACCUGUCUUUAGUAUGGCCAGACCACCCUUUUCUCCCUUCACAUCUUACUGAUUUGUUUGCAGUGAUGGACUUCAAGGUCAAAAGACAGAACUGUGUCAGGCAGGCCCUUUUGGGUUCCCAGAAGCAGAGGGGGAUGAGGCAGUGGGAGGAGAGGCCAUAAGGAUGGUAGAAAGAGAAAUGAACUGUGAGAGGAUGGCAGAAUUGGAGCUCCUUGGGCUAGAGACCUUGACCAAAUCAUUCUCCUUUCUGCUUCCUUAUUUCUCUCUUUAUGAAAUGAAUAAUUAUCACCUGUCUUGUAAGGUGGUUAGGAGGAUCAAAUAUGAAAGUGCUUAUGAAAUGUGAAAUAGAUAAACUGCUGCUUAGAUGAAACAUCAUAAUUUACAUUUAUUCAACUACAGAGCACCUAUUUCACGACAUCCAUUGCUAGGCACUGGAAAAACAAAGAUAAGAAAGGGUCUUUCUAAGAAACUCAAAAGCUAGAGGGUAUUUUUAGGAUAAUGGGUACAAUGGGGUCUUUAGACAGUGGACCUAAAGACUUAAGAACUAGAAUUGGCCUAAAGAUAGGUAUGAUCAAGCUACUGAAAGUGCAGAGGGAUAAUAACAGUCUCAAGAUACCUUCACCCAGUAGGUGUGUCCCAAACUUUCUACGGUGUGUGUCACCAAGGUGAGGGCUGAAGCAGUUCAAAUGCUCCAUGAGCAGGAGGAAGCCAUGGGAUGACGUGGAGGGUCCCCGCAGAGAAUGGAGCCUCUUCAGCGUCGGAAACCACAGGAAACCAGGUCAAUGCGUGGGGCCCACUCCCUCAGCUCCAGGGCUCAGCUAUGAGACCUGGGGCUUCCUGAGCAGACUGUACUGAUGAGUGGAUCCUUGAAGCUGGAGGCCCUUUGGCAGAAGUGCUGGAACUGGCCAACAGGUAGAGAGAGAAAGCUGGACCCUAGUCCUGGAAGUCAGCCAGGUGGGAGCCAGGAUGCACAGGGGGACAUGUGAGGUUUACGUGCUUUUUUGUUCUGCCCACCUCUGAGUGGUGCAUCAGUCACCUCGGUCUCCAGCACCCACUGCAGAGAAGUGCUUCAUGGCUCUGUCAGUCUUUUAAGUGAGAGGAUGAAGUACGUGUCCAGGGGAGAUUCAAGGCCAGGAGCACGCUAAGGGGCGGGUCUGAUCUGCAGGGUGUUGCAGGAGUAGGAGGAGUUACGAAGUGGGUGCAGCCGCCAUCCAUCCCCCUGACCCUGUGCCGGCCUCUUGCCUGUUAUUUCUCUGCCAGAGCAGGAGCCCCCUUGCCCUCCAGGUAGGGGAGUAGGGUUUUCUGGGGGGCAAGUGUCCUUCAGUCCCUCCACUUGGAGGAAAAGGAAUGUGGCCUGGCCGGCUGGUUGAGCUUGAGGAGGAGCUUUGGGGCAGGGCGGGGCAGCGGCAGGCUGAGGCGAGGGCUCCUGCUGGCACUGCACUCCCUGCUGCUGCACGGCAAGGCCCUGCCACGCACCUUCAGGAGGCGCAGCCAUGUUCUGGAUACCCUGAUCCCUCGGAAGCCCAUGGGGAGCCCCGGACUGACAGCCCUGCUCCUGCCUCUCGUCCAGCUGCUCCUUGGCCUGUCUGCCUCUGCUAGUAUUGGCUGCCCCUACCUUCCCAGCUGGAGCACCCUCUGUCUGCUGGCCUCCCACAUGGAUGACAGUUUCACUGGAAGAUCUGCCCAGAUUCCUCGCCAUACCCUAUCGGCCUUUCCCCCCUCCCCAAAGCCUUGGCGUGCUUGGCUCUGCCACUGUCCCUGCUGUUGGUGCCUGCAUCUGGUGUCAGAUCCUUCGGGUCUUCAGUGGGACUGGCUGCACCUCCUGGUGCAGAAAUCCAAAAAGUCUUACAAGUUCCGGUUCUGUAGGAGGCACACGAUGCCAGCAUCUGCUCAGACACCUCCCACAAGGGGCUGCGUUCCAAAAGAACCCAACCUGCAGAUCCAGAGAAAGGGGAAGUUCUCUCCAAACGUGGCUCACAAAGGCUUGGAGGUAGGCACAUCGUGUGACUGGAGAUGGUGGAGCCAAGUAGUGGUACCUGUGCUAAGGCGAAAAGACAAGGCCACCAAGUCCCCCUUCUCCCCAGGGCCUGAGUUCUCCUUUGACUUGCUGCCUGAGGCACGGGUUAUUCAAGUGACCAUUCCUCCAGGCCCUGAGGUCAGUGUGCGUCUUUGCCACCAGUGGGCACUGGAGUGUGAGGAGCUGAGCCGUCCCUUUGAUGCCCAGAAAAUUGUGUCUGGGGGCUGCACUGUAGACCUGCCUUAUGAAUUCCUUCUGCCCUGUCUGUGCAUCGAGGUGUCCUACCUGCAAGAAGACACGGUGAGGCACAAAAAGUGUCCCUUCCAGAGCUGGCCUGAAGCCUAUGGCUCGGACUUCUGGGAGUCGGUGAACUUUACUGACCACAGCCAGCACAGUCAGAUGGUCAUGGCCCUGACACUCCGCUGCCCACUGAAGCUGGACGCCUCCCUCUGCCAGAGGCGGGGCUGGCACACCCUCUGCGAAGACGUCCCCAACGCCAUGGCUCGAGAGUCAGAGGGGUGGUAUGUCUUGGAGAAGGUGGACUUGCACCCUCAGCUCUGCUUCAAGUUCUCUUUUGGAAACAGCAGCCACGUUGAAUGCCCCCACCAGACAUUCGGUGAGCCAAUAAGUGACCCUGGCUGGGACCCCUUCCCACCAUUUCACCCUCAUGCAACUGCGGCAAAGCCAAAUUCUAUCCCUGCCCUGACUUCUCUGUUAACUGCAGCCCGGCUUCUAUUACCUCCCACAAACCAUCAUCUAUUACAUGAUGCCCUUUCCUACCCCCUGGCAGCCCCAUCCUGGAACGUGAGCAUGGAUACCCAGGCCCAGCAGCUGGUCCUUCACUUCUCCUCAAGGAUGCCCGCCACCUUCAGUGCUGCCUGGAGCCACUCAGGCUUGGGGCAGGACAGCAUGGUGCCCCCUGUGUACAACGUCAGCCAGACUCAGGGCUCAAGCUCAGUGACACUAGACCUCAUCGUUCCCUUCCUGAGGCCAGGGGGCUGUGUCCUGGUGUGGAGGUCAGAUGUCCAGUUUGCCUGGAAGCACCUCCUGUGUCCGGAUGUCUCUCAUAGGCUCCUGGGGCUCUUGAUCCUGGUACUGCUGGCCUUCACCACCCUACUGGGUGUUGUUCUGGUGCUCACCUGCCAGCGCCCACUGUCAGGCCCAGGUCGAGCGCGGCCGGUGCUGCUCCUGCACGUGGCGGACUCCGAGGCGCAGCGGCGCCUGGUGGGAGCGCUGGCUGAACUGCUGCGGGCCGCGCUGGGCGGCGGGCGCGACGUGAUCGUGGACCUGUGGGAGGGCACGCGGGUGGCGCGCGUGGGCCCGCUGCCGUGGCUCUGGGCGGCACGGGCGCGCGUGGCGCGGGAGCGGGGCACCGUGCUGCUGCUGUGGAGCUGCGCCAGCCCGAGCCCCGCCGGCGGCCCGGAUGCCCGCGCCGCACCCCUGCACACCCUGCUCCGCGCCGCCCCGCGCCCGCUGCCGCUGCUCGCUUACUUCAGUCGCCUCUGCGCCAAAGGCGACAUUCCUCCGCCCCUGCGCGCCCUGCCCCGCUACCGCCUGCUUCAAGACCUGCCGCGCCUGCUGCGGGCGCUGGACGCGCGGACUUCUACUCAAGCCACCAGCUGGGGCCGCCUCGCGGCCCGGCCGUGCCUGCGGAGUCGCGUGGAGCUGUGCCGCCAGCUGGAACGCGAGGCCGCCAAACUUGCCGAUCAAGGCUGAGCAGAGCUCACCGCAGUCCAGAUGUCUGUGGCCGCAGGCCUAGGGGCACUGGCUGGAAGCCCCGAAUGAGGCUUCUACCCUGGAAUCGUUGGAUGCCUCCUAGGGGCCACUGGCCACAAAGCCUUACGCUACCUCCCAGCCCGGGAGCGGGGCAUCACACUCACUGUCCCAGCCCGUUCCCCACGUUCCCCCAGGGUCCAGUCUCUUCCUCAUGCUUAUGCUUGAGGGUUCUCUCCCUCAGAGCCCCCAGGGAGAGUCACUCUUUCCUGAGAACUCCUCUGACCUCAGUGCUGUUGUGAGUGGGGGAUCGUCCCACUUCCUCUCUCCGAAAUUCCAGAGAAGAGUCGUCUGCACGUGCUCCAGUCCAGGCCAGAGAGGUUGGGACAGGGGUUGGGGAGGCAGGAGACAUGGCAGCUCUGAGUGGGAGGUGGCUGCAGAGGGGGUGGGGGGACAGAAACCCCUUUGGGAGCCAGGGAUCCCCCUUUUCCAGACCGGGGCCCUGCCCAGAGUGGGAG